AUGGUUUCCACAGCCACGCUGUGUUCGAGCUUCAUUUCAGGACCUUCAUCCUCCUCCCGCUACUCUCUCUCUGCGACUCCAUCCUACUGUGCAUUUCCUCCUCGCAGGAUCACCACGCCAAGAAUGGGAUCAUCUCCGACCCAGGCCCAGGCCCAUGCCCAAGCCCACUUAAAGGAGGCCAAGCUCUGGGGCGGCAGGUUCAAGGAGGGCGUAACCGACGCCGUGGAGAGGUUCACGGAGUCGAUCUCCUUCGACAAACAGCUCUACAAGCAAGACAUAAUGGGAAGCAGAGCGCAUGCGUCAAUGCUCGCUCACCAGGGGUUGAUAAGCGCGAGCGACAGAGACUCCAUUCUGGAAGGUUUGGAUGAAAUAGAGAGGCGCAUUGAGAGUGGAGAGUUCAAUUGGAGAGCUGACAGAGAGGACGUGCACAUGAACAUCGAGGCUGCGCUUACUGACAUAAUCGGUGAGCCUGCGAAGAAGCUCCACACCGCUCGGAGUAGAAACGAUCAGGUAUUGACUGAUUUUCGCCUCUGGUGUCGCGACGCCAUCGACGGGAUCCUCGUGAGCAUGAAGCAGCUUCAGGUGUCGCUGCUGACCCUGGCUUUGAGGAACGAGGGUCUAAUUGUUCCUGGUUACACUCACUUGCAGCGCGCACAGCCGGUUUUGCUGCAGCAUCUUCUCUUGGCUUAUGUUGAGGAGAUUGAGCGUGAUGCUGGGCGUUUGGUAGAUUGUAGAGCUAGGAUGAAUUUCUGCCCCUUAGGGGCUUGUGCCUUGGCUGGUACAGGGCUUCCCAUUGAUCGAUUCAUGACUUCAGAAGCUUUGGGAUUUACGGCUCCCUUGAGGAAUAGUAUAGAUGCAGUUUCCGACCGAGAUUUUGUACUGGAGUUUCUUUCUGCUAAUGCCAUCACAGCUGUGCAUCUUUCUCGGCUUGGUGAAGAGUGGGUAUUGUGGGCUUCGGAGGAAUUUGGAUUUAUCACACCAAGCGACUCUGUUUCAACUGGAAGUAGUAUCAUGCCUCAGAAAAAGAAUCCAGAUCCAAUGGAACUUGUUCGAGGGAAGUCUGCUAGAGUCAUAGGGGAUCUGGUUACACUUCUCACAUUGUGCAAAGGUCUUCCUCAUGCUUACAACCGUGAUUUGCAGGAAGACAAAGAACCAGUAUUUGACAGCGUUAAAACUAUCUUGGGUAUGCUCGAGGUAUCAGCAGAAUUUGCUCUAAACAUUACUUUCAAUCAGGAAAGAAUACAAAAGGCAUUACCUGCUGGUCAUCUUGAUGCAACCACACUUGCUGAUUAUCUUGUGAAUAAGGGUGUGCCAUUUAGAACGUCUCAUGAUAUUGCUGGAAAAUCUGUUGCUUUAUGUACAUUGAAGAAUUGCCAACUGCUGGACUUAAGUCUUGAUGAGCUGCGAAGUAUAAAUCCAGUAUUUGAAGAGGACGUGUAUGAUUUUCUUGGAGUAGAAAAUGCGAUCCAGAAAUUUGUGUCUUACGGCUCCACUGGGUCAGCAUGUGUUGCCAGCCAAAUUGACUAUUGGAUGAAAAAACUUGAAAUGAAGUGA